AAAACGUUUUCCAUAUCGUGAACUUCAUGCAUGACUUUUCUACCUACAUAUUCGUUUUCAAUAAUGCUAUAGAAUUCAGAUGCUAUAAAUAGAUGUGAAGUAUUUAUGGCUAAUGCAUCCUCUGAACCCAACAAGUCUCCAUGGAUCUUCCUUCUUUUUUUCCAAUUGUUGCAUCCAUCUUAGCCUUAUUGAUUGUACAACUUCGAUUUAGAUCUAUUAGAUCACCUAAUAGACUUAAAGAAACAAUAUUCAGCAAAAAUCACAACAAAAUACCUGAACCAUGUUUUGCCUUACCUUUCAUAGGCCACCUUCAUCUUCUAAGCACUAAAGAACCCUAUUUUAGAACCUUUUCAACCAUGGCUGAGAAAUAUGGUUCAAUCUUCUCCCUUAGGCUUGGUUGCAACCAAACCUUAGUGGUGAAUAGUAGAGAAAUUGCCAAGGAAUGUCUCACAAAAAAUGACAAAGUUUUUGCCUCAAGACCUAAUGUAGCAGCAGGGAGAUACUUAGGUUACAACAAUGCUAUUUUAGCUCUUGCUCCUUAUGGAGAUUAUUGGCGAUACAUGAGAAAAAUUUCAACUCUUGAGCUUUUAUCAAGUCAUAGGCUUGAAAAGCUAAAGCAUGUUAGAGAUUUUGAGAUAUAUUCUCUAGUAAAAAAUUUGUACACAUUUGUGAAAAAAACAAAUGGUUCAAUUGAAGUACCUAUUAGCAAGUUUUUAGAUCAUAUGACAUUUAAUAUAAUUGUGAAGAUGAUAGCUGGUAAAAGAUUUAGUGGUGAAACAAUAAAUCAAGAAGAUAGUGAGGCAUGGAGAUUAAGAAAUGCAAUUAAAGAUACUACAUAUCUAUGUGGUGUUUUUGUUAUGGCUGAUGCUAUUCCUAGCCUAAGUUGGAUUGAUUUUCAAGGCCAUGUUGGUUUCAUGAAGAGGACUGCUAAGGAAAUGGAUUUCAUUCUUGAUAAGUGGUUGAGUGAACAUUAUAAAAAGAGAGAUGAAGUACAAAGUGGUAAGGAGGAUGAUUUCAUGGAUGUAUUGAUAUCAAUGUUUGAAGAAGAUGAUGAAAUUUGUGGCCACAAACGGGAGACAGUUAUCAAAGCAACAACCUUGAUUCUUAUCCUUACAGCCUCAGGAAGUACAUCAAUAACAUUAGGAUGGGCUCUUUCCCUACUUAUAAAUCAUCCAAAGGUCUUAAAACAAGCAAAAGAAGAGUUGGACACAAACAUAGGAAAAGACAAAUGGGUCCAAGAAUCUGACAUCAAAAACCUUAAAUAUCUUCAAGCCAUUAUCAAAGAGACACUUCGUUUAUACCCACCAGCACCCUUAACAGGAAUAAGAGAAGCCACUGAUGAUUGCCACGUGGCAGGCUACAAAGUCACCAAAGGCACUCGUUUGUUUAUUAACCUAUGGAAAUUGCAAAGGGACCCACUAGUAUGGUCCAACCCUAAUAAAUUUCAACCUGAGAGGUUUUUCAAUAUUCAUGAUCAAAUUGAUAAUUUUCAGAAUCAAGAAUUUGGAUAUUUGCCAUUUAGUUAUGGAAGAAGGUCAUGUGCUGGUGCAACGUUUGGAAUGCAAGUCUUGCAUUUGACUUUGGCUAGGUUGAUUCAAGGGUUUGAUAUAAACACAAAAGAUGGUGGUCCAGUUGAUAUGAUUGAAGGAGUAGGAUUGGCAUUGCCUAAGGAAAAUCCACUUGAUGUUAUGCUCCAACCACGUCUCCCAUUGGAACUUUAUGAAAGCCUUUGAUAUUUGUAUCAAGUGUCAAAAGAAAAUAUAAAAUAUAGUUUUUUUUUUCUUUUCUGAUAAAAUAUAUUGUUUGAAUAAUAUGAUAUGAGAUGGGAGCUCAUGAAUAAUCAUAUCUCUAGAAAUAUACAAUAAUGUAAUGUACUUUUUAUUUUGGAAAUGUCUCAAGAUCCACAUGAAUGCUAGAAAUUA